UCACCAGCACCAGAGCCGCGCCAAUUAAUCUUCCGCAGCUUGGUCCUUCAGCCAGCCUUCUUUCGCCUCCCCAAGCUAUUCUGCUCCCCGGAGCCCCAGAAAAUCAAGCAGCAGAGCGCAGACAAGACUCCGGCAAUGCGCCCAGCCGCCCUCCCGAGCCUGAGCAACAUUUCGAGCCGUAGUCUCUCUCACAGUGCCCUACACCGGUAACCUGAAAGAGGUGAAGGAGCAAUCUGGGAAGUGGGAGCUCCCAAGAGCCACGGGACAGACUGCGGAGCACUAGGGGAGGACCAGAGCAAGAGAGUGCGUCUCAGACCCCGCCUAGCACCCAGGACGGAAUGUUUCCCAACGAUACUGCCUCGUUUCCUUCCUCCUCUUCCAGCAGCAGCCCCAGCAGUAGCAGCGGUGGGCCCGGCCCUGGGUCCAUAGCUCCUGAGGGCACAGAGGAACCAGGGCGCAACGCUAGUCAGAAUGGGACCUUGAGCGAGGGGCAAGGGAGCGCCAUCCUCAUAUCCUUUAUCUAUUCCGUGGUUUGUCUCGUGGGGCUCUGCGGCAACUCCAUGGUUAUCUAUGUGAUCCUGCGCUAUGCCAAAAUGAAGACGGCCACCAACAUCUACAUUCUUAACCUGGCCAUCGCAGAUGAGCUGCUCAUGCUGAGCGUCCCCUUCUUAGUCACCUCCACGCUGCUGCACCACUGGCCCUUCGGCGCACUGCUCUGCCGCCUGGUGCUCAGUGUGGACGCAGUCAACAUGUUCACUAGUAUCUACUGCCUAACUGUGCUCAGCGUGGACCGCUAUGUGGCUGUGGUGCACCCUAUCAAGGCCGCCCGCUACCGUCGGCCCACCGUGGCCAAAGUGGUGAACCUGGGGGUGUGGGUGCUCUCGCUAGUGGUCAUCCUGCCUAUCAUCGUCUUCUCCCGCACGGCUGCCAAUAGCGAUGGCACGGUGGCCUGCAAUAUGCUUAUGCCAGAGCCUGCUCAGAGCUGGCUUGUAGGUUUCGUCCUGUAUACUUUCCUCAUGGGCUUUCUCCUCCCAGUCGGGGCCAUCUGUUUAUGCUAUGUGCUCAUCAUUGCCAAGAUACGCAUGGUAGCCCUCAAAGCCGGCUGGCAACAACGCAAGCGCUCAGAGCGCAAAAUCACCCUGAUGGUUAUGAUGGUGGUAAUGGUCUUUGUCAUCUGCUGGAUGCCCUUCUAUGUGGUGCAACUGGUUAAUGUCUUUGCUGAACAGGACGAUGCCACCGUGAGCCAGCUCUCAGUCAUCCUGGGCUAUGCUAACAGCUGUGCCAACCCUAUUCUCUACGGCUUUCUCUCGGACAACUUCAAGCGCUCGUUCCAGCGCAUCCUUUGCCUUAGCUGGAUGGAAAACACAGAAGAACCGCUUGACUACUACGCCACCGCCCUCAAAAGUCGGGGGUACAGCGUGGAGGACUACCAACCAGAUAAUGUGGAAUCCAGAGGCCUCUAUGGCAACGGAACCUGCACCUCCAGGAUUAGCACCCUUUGAAGGACUAUUGGGGAAGAAAUGCUAGGUGGUGAAUUGGGCUCAGGGACGGUGGGGGUGGGGUGAUAUUCAAAUGGACGGAAGGGGAUAUCACAAGACUGGGACAAUUCCAGGAAGCAUGCCGUAGAGUGCAGGUCGAGUUGAAGGGGGAAGGGGCAUACCAGAAAGUUGGACAAGGGAAUCAAAGGAAGAGGUGGGAGGACUAUAAUUUUGAAAAAACAAAAAAAAGGAGCUGAAAUGAGUAGGGGCAGUGAAACUGGGAUGGCGUCCAGGACUGCAUACUAUCCUUUCUCCAAUCUUCUUUUCUAUAGUGUCCCUAUUCCUACCAUCUCCCUCCCCACCCUUUUAACCCUUCUCAACAUUCUCUCUGGCUUGUCCUGUCAGCUUCUAGCUGAUGAUUUGCUGUUGUUACUUUAAUCGACCUCGCAGUGGUCCCUCUGUUUGGUUACUCCACCUCUCUUUGUUGGUCCAAACAAGAGGAGCUGGCAAAUUCCAUUGUCAAUACUGUCACUUUCCCUUUGUAUUUCUUCUCCCUCUCCUGAUCCUGCCCUCCUCUGCAUCUUGGACUCACCUAGGCAGGGACAGGUAGCUGGGCCUAGGACUCUCAUCCUCUGCUGCCACAUUCCAAACACUAGUCAACUUGUCUUGGAGAAGGAGAAACCUCAGAAAAGUCUUCUCUCCCUCUUUCGUCUGUUUUUAGAGACUCUAUAGAGAGAUAAGGGAAUAAUAGGGGACCUUUAACCCUACUUCAGGAAGAUAGAUAGCAAAUAAAAAAAGAAAACUUUCCUGGCAGAAUACCGAGAGAAAUUGUCCACUACAUUUACCUUCUCCCUCACCCACAGGGAGCCGAGUGCUUAGAACAACGGAAGUUUAUUUAUGACACACAGCACCAGCAUUAGCUUAGUCAUCCAAGAGCCUAAAACCCCAAGGUUGGGGUGAUUCCCUCCUUUUUCUUCUACUUAUUACCUCCCAUUCCCUAGCACUGGUUUCUAACAUUCCUUUUUACUGUCACUCCAUUUAGCUAACAUUAUAGACCAAGAAAAUGUAGAGAGAGUGCGCAAUUCCCUGGGUAAACUCAGGUUUGAUUUAUAGGUGUUAGCCCCCUGGUAAUCCCCAUCACCUCCUCUACAUUAUCUCCCGGCCUCUACUUCUACAAUCCGACCAUGGAGUGCAAGGAGUUAAGUAAGGCCAGUCCACCUGUGGGAUACUAAGUGGCACCAGACCAGAGCAGAUAAAAGAUUUUUAUGAAUCUGUGGUGGCAAGGGCUGCUCAGAUGUUUGCCUACUUACCCUCUCCCAUGCAACACCCCCAAUGCUACCCCACCCAUCAGGAUCCCUGCAAUUUAAUUUUUAAGGGUUGCUGUUUUUAUAAUAGUAUGCCAAAUGAGUCCUCCUAUCUUAGCUGCAUGUGUGUGUGCAUUCAUUCCUUGAUCUACUUAUUCCUUUAUUCACUCACUGACUGUAUUUGAAAAUUAUCUUCCCUACCCUCCCCAGUUUAAAUACAAGUUCUUUGAAUUGUAUCAAGAGAUUCUGGUAGAGAGAAGGUGAUCUAGUCUAGAAGGCUCCUUCUCAUAUUCUUCACCCUUUCAGGAUCUUCUUUUCCCCCCUUUUCUCUAACUUUUCCUUCUUUUCUCUUUCCAUUUUUUGGUGCGUGCCUAGUAAACUUUUUAGAACUUUUUCAUACAUUUCUUAUUACGGUCUCCAGUCUGUAGUAUGACAAAUUAUAUUUAACAAAACUCAGUGCCCUGCAAUGUAUAGUGCUAGGUCCCAGUUCUUCGCACUUCAAGCAUGAUACCGUGCCACAUUUGAAAAGAUUUAAAUGUAUGUGUGUAUAUGUAUACAUAUAGUGUGUAUAUAUGUAUGUAUGCAUAUAUAUGUGUAUAUAUGUAUGUAUACAUAUAUAUUUCUGUGCCAGUGAAACAAUGCCAAAUACAGCUAACAGGAAACCUAGAAUAUACCACUCCAAAGGACUCAAGCUAAAAGCUCAGAAACAUAAACACAAAGUACUGUAGGACCAAGAAACAUUUAACACUGUGUUUCCUGGGCUUUGACUUAGUUUAAGCAGGGGUUAUCUUAUCAUGAAGUCUUUUUAGCUCCUUGGGGAACAUGGAAAGAAUAGUUAAUGUACAUUGCAUGUCUCCCUAACUGAAUUGGAGCUGGAAGAACUCAAUCUAGUUCACAGUAAGCAUUUUAUAAAUCUAGAUUAAUGAGUGGUAAGAUGGAGCUUUGUUACAAAGUCAGACAAUUAGAAAUUCUCAACCACAAAUCAUUUUCAAAAGUAGGCAGGUAUAGAUAUUAAAUAAAGAACUACAGAAAACAAACCCUCAUGUUCUUCCGUUGAUAGCAAAUGAAGCAAAACAGAAAUUCCAGCCACUAUGUGAAAAAAAUUAAUGUUUCAAGAAUAGUUAGCCUUCCUUAGCAAAAAAGUUUUGCUUUUUAAAAAGUAACUUAAAAAAGAUCCCUUUAAAAAAAUGAACAGUAUUGCUUUUGGUUGUAACUAAGACAAAAUUUUUGCCCAAAUAUCUUUAUUUGUUAAAUAGAAUUGAAUCGUUAAGAACAGUGAAGUUUACAUGUAAAAAAAUAUCUUGCUCAUACUUAUCUUAAGAUACCAAUUUUGGGCUUCUUAUUCUGUCAUUCUAGUUAAUAUAACUGUGAUGUUAGCUUAAUAAAAGGCAUAUUAUUGUA